AUUCUUUUCUCUCCUGGCCGCUAUAAUGCGUCUGUCCACUCUUUCUCUGCUGUUUUUCCUAGGCCUCACGGCCGCCCAUGCAGACGAUGUCUGCCCCUCUGAAUGGGAGAUCUGUGAGCCGCUGGAGGCCCUGGUGGACACCCUGCUGGGCCUCCCCGACGUCCAGCAGGUCUGCCAGAGCCUCGAUCCCACGGCGGUCGGUCCCCACGUCGUCACCGUCACCGACGCCGCAGCCGCCGUGACGGCGACGACGACUGUCUACAAGACACGUCCGGUCUACAUCCUCUCGUCGGUGGUGGUGACGCAGUCCUCGCGGGUGGUGGCGACCGACCGCUUCUCCUCCACGCUGGUGCAAUCUGUGCGGGUGACGGCGAGCUCGACGUACAUCCAGAGCGUGCCAGUGACGGUGACCAGCGCGGUGACUGAGACUGUCGAGGAGACGGCCUACUCGACUGUGACGCAGACCGCGACCAACACGAUCACCGUCCCAUCCACGACCACCAUCACGACCACCGUCUCAGCCGCCACGACGACGGAGGAGGCUCCGACUGUGAAAAGGUUCAAACGCAGCAGCGCCAGCCAGACGGCAGUUCUGGGCGGCUACUCGGACGAGCAGCUGAGCGACGCGUGCUGGUGUCUCGAGACCGACACGGUGACUACGACCAUCACGGCGGCGCCCUCGACGCACACGCAGACGGUGACGCUGCCCGUCUUCCUCACCUCGGACAUGGCCGUGACAAGCACCGCCGUGUUGACCGAGACAGCCACCGUGGACGUGACCAGCAUUGUCACCGAGCGCACGACCGCAACCACCACCGCCGUCGUGACGGAGCAGACGACCGUGUACGUGACGGUGGAGGCGACGGUGCCCGUCACCGCGACCGAGACGGUGAUCGAGACGGCGACGGUCAGCACGGCAGUCACCACCACGGUGCCUGUCACGACGGUCGUCACCACGUCGGCGGCAGCAACGUCCAGCUGCGGCAUCAACCUUGUCUCCAACCCGGACUUUUCCAGCGGCGAACUGGGCGCCUGGACCUUGACGCUGGGCACUUUCGGGGACUACAUCGAGGAUGACUGCGAUGGCUCGGCCAGUUGCCUUGACCUUUACGCCUUUUCACCCGGCGACUUCACCCUCGCCCAAACGCUUGACACCGUCGCGGGCGAGACCUACUCCGUCUCGUUUGCCUACUAUCAAGGCCUCUCCAACGAUGGCGCGGCAGUGACCUGUACGGCCGGCAGCACCUCCAUGUCUGUCUCGCUCACCCCGUUUGGUGAAUGGGCCACCUUCACCGGCUCGUUUGUGGCCUCGAGCGCCUCGACAGUCUUUGAAUGUGAGGGCGACUAUACGGAGGACUCUGGCUGGAAUAUUUUCUUGACCAACUUUGUCAUCGAGUGCUAGAAGGGGUAUGCAUGAGAGGAAUAAUGAUAGUCUUCACUCUUUCACCAGACCAGCAUAACUAUAUGAAUCAUUCACUAGCAUAAUGUAUUAAUCUGUGUCUAGGAAGCUGAUGAUCAGAGGCAGAGAAUAAACUAAGACAUAUAGUAUUGAAAUUGAAUGUUAUGGUG